UAACGCCGUACUGUGCUAGGGUAUGUCCAAAAUGAAGUACACAAUAUUGCUAAUAACUAGUUAUUGGUUAGGAAUUAGUUGCAAGCUUCAAGACCCAUAUGUAUAUCCUGAGAAUGAAGCUACCUGUCAACUGAAGGCAUACCCGCCAAGCCCAGACAGUUCAUGUUGCGGAAUAGACACCACCAGUACCUUUAGUAUUGUGGGUGGCGACAAAACAGACCUAAAGCAGUACCCCUGGAUGGCAAUAUUGCAAUUUAAAGUGGAGGACCAGAGCGAGUUGCAGCAGAAAUGUGGCGCCUUUCUCAUUAGUGGCACAUACGUCCUCUCCGCUGCGCAUUGCUUUACUGACACGAAUGCUGUUCUAAUGAGCGUAGUUGUAGGUGAUUACGACACGGGAAAUAAAGGCCAAGAUUGCGUAAGAGUGGACGGUCAGAGAGAAUGUACUGAAGGAGCCCUGACGAUCGCCGUUGAAAAAUUUUCCGUACACGAGGAGUACAACCCAGACACGAACGACAAUGAUAUAGUUUUGAUUAAGCUAAAGAAAAAUGCUCCAUACAGAGACUAUAUCCGCCCAAUUUGCUUACCCACAUCAGAUAUAACAGACAAUCCUCCUGAAGGGUUGACGUUGACAUCAGCAGGCUGGGGCGUGGUGGACCAAGUCCCUAGUUCCAUUAUAGAUGACUUAUGGAUCAGCAAAUAUUCGACUAUUAAGCGCCAUGUGCAUUUGCCUUAUGUAUCUAAGGAGGUCUGCAAUGAAAUAUGGGGUGAAGUACCAGAGAAGCAUCUAUGUGCGGGCGGCGAGAAAGGCAAAGAUGUCUGCAUGGGAGACUCAGGAGGUCCUCUGAUGUACGACAACGAUGGAAUCUAUGAAGCUGUGGGGAUCGUCAGCUAUGGGCCUGGUAAACCUUGCGGAAAGAAAUAUAUUCCCGGCGCUUAUACCAAUGUACAUAAAUAUCUGAAGUGGAUUUACGCAAACAUAAAGGAAUUUGAAAAGAAACCGUCUUCCUACAGAACUUGGUCUAAUAUCUAUAACAGAUAUCCGACUAGAGGCAGAAGGUUUUAUAGAUAUAGUACUAGAGGCAGGAGACAAAAUAGAUAUAGGCAUAGAGGCCAAAGAUAUAAUACAUAUAGGAUUAGAGGCGGAAGAUAUAAUAAAUAAAGAAAUGGUAAAAUAUGGUAGAUUAUUUUACAAAAUAACAAAGAGAUU